UAUCUGCAGUUUGAUCCCCAUCCCUGCACCUUGUGUCUAUCCUCCCUCUCGAGCGCAUUUGUCCGGGGUGACCGUCCCGAUCUCAGGCUACAGAGAUGGACCUGCUUCACAGCUGGGGGGUGAACCUAGCUGUCCGUUUGCAGACAGAAUACCGGGACUAUGAGAAUCUGUUUCAGUGGGUGUCCUCGGUGGCGGAUCUCCACACCACAUUCUUUGUGUUUUUCCCCAUUUGGUUUCAUCUGCGCAGAGACGUGGGUGUUAAACUCAUCUGGGUGGCCGUGGUUGGAGACUGGCUAAACCUCGUCCUGAAGUGGGUGCUUUUCGGUGAGAGGCCGUACUGGUGGGUGAAUGAGACUAAGUUUUAUGGCCCUAUAAAACAUCCUGAACUGCAACAAUUCCCCAUCACUUGUGAAACUGGACCAGGGAGCCCGUCGGGUCAUGCCAUGGGUUCUGCAGGAGUUGGGUAUGUAAUGGUUACAGCGGUGCUUUCCAUUGUUGCUGAAAGAAAAAUGCCUCCUUUAAGUUAUAGAUUUUUACAGUUGAUGCUCUGGAUGCUUCUGGGUUUGGUGGAGUUACUGGUGUGCAUGUCUAGAGUCUAUCUGGCAGCCCAUUUCCCACACCAAGUUAUCAGUGGAGUUAUUUCAGGUAUAAUUGUAGCAGAAACAUUCUCCAGAGUGCAGUGGAUCUACAACGCAAGUCUGAGAAAGUACUUCAAUGUGACGCUGUUCCUGCUCUUUUUUGCGGUGGGCUUAUACGUGCUCCUGAAAGCUCUGGGUGUGGAUCUGCUCUGGACAUUGGCAAAGGCCCAGAAAUGGUGUGUGAAUCCAGACUGGGUCCUUAUGGACUCCUCCCCCUUCGCCAGCCUGUUGAGGAACAUGGGCACCCUGUUCGGGCUGGGGCUUGGUCUUCACUUGUCACGCUGCAAUGAAACAAGAAGCAAGAAACACAGCAGCGCCUCUUUCAGGACCGGGUGUAUUGGUGUAUCUUUGGUGUUGCUGCAGCUCCUGGAUAAGAUGACAUUUUCCUCAAGCAACCAGAUACUUUUCUACCUUCUGUCAUUCGGCAAGUGCGCUGUUGCUUUGGUGCUUCCCACUGCACUUGUUCCUGGAGCCAUAUCUUGGAUUUCACAUGAAAACAAGCAUGAAAAGGACAUGUAGUCCAAUACUCAGGCAAAACUUUGGUGAAUGAUAAACCGAAAAUAGAGUUUGACUGAUGCAGAUUUGCAUUGCAACCGAUUUUCAAGACAAAUGCAAUCGUUCAGCAAACGUUUUUGCAGUGCACCAUUUAAAAAAUACCUCAGAUGGCAUGUACAGGAUGGGUGGAUACUAAUAGCAAUUAAUUGCAUCCAACAUUAAAGUUUGUGUUUAUAUAA